AUCGGUGGUUAAUAUAGUUAGGUGUUUGUAUUAUUUGCGUAUUUUGACAUAAUCUCUAGAGAUUUCCUAAUUUUAUCACGUUUUGUGGUAUAUAUUUUUGUAUCACACUUAUCAGUAAGUGUUUCAAAAACCGUAUUUUUAAGGUUUUACUCGUUCUGAUAAUCUUCAAUAAACGUUGUUUCGUUGCGAGCUAGCGCAGCAACGAAAUUUAACUGCUUAUUUACGUUUACUAUUGUAAAGGGAAUAUUUAUUAUCUAUCUAGCUAACUUUAUUUGUUAGUAACGUAUUUCGUCAGUUUCAAUCAUGGAUCAAGUUGGAAUCGCUGCCAAAGAAACAAAGAGUCCCUGGGGUGCACCUAAGCAAGUGGUGGCUGCCUGUUCCCUGGCUGAUGUCAUGAGUGAGCAGCUGGCCAAGCAGUUGGACGAAGAGUGCAAGGUCUUCCCCACUUGCCCUGAUGUAAGCGAGCCUCUCUUUGUGGGCGAGGACGCAGAUACCUCCAGUGACCUGAUGCUCGCGCAGAUGUUGCAGAUGGAGUUUGACCGAGAGUUUGACACACAGCUGCGCAGAGAGGAGAAGAAGUUCAACGGGGACAGCAAGGUGUCAAUCUCUUUUGAGAAUUAUCGGAAGGUCCACCCCUUUGCUGACAGUGACAGUUCUGAGGAUGAAGUGGAUUGGCAGGACACUCGCCAUGACCCCUACCAAGCUGAUAAGCCCACGACCACCCCACGUAAGGGUUUUGUAGGAAAAGGAAAGAACAUCACUACCAAGCAUGAUGAGGUGGUGUGCGGCAGGAAAAACACCGCACGCAUGGAGAACUUUGCUCCUGAGUUUCAAGUGGGCGAUGGCAUUGGGAUGGACCUGAAGUUGUCCAAUCAAGUCUACAAUGCCUUAAAACAGCAUUGCUACACCGAGCAGCGCCGUAGUGCCCGUGUGCAUGAGAAGAAGGAGCACUCCACUGCGGAACAAGCAGUGGAUCCCAAGACUCGUCUGCUUAUGUACAAGAUGGUGAAUGCUGGAAUUCUGGAGAAUAUCAAUGGCUGUAUCAGCACAGGGAAGGAGUCUGUGGUCUUCCAUGCUGAUGGAGGGAGUCUGGAGGACAAGGCGGUCCCAGGGGAGUGUGUCCUCAAGGUGUUCAAGACCACCCUGAACGAGUUCAAAAAUCGAGACAAGUACAUCAAGGACGACUACCGCUUCAAGGACCGCUUCAGCAAGCUGAACCCGCGCAAAGUCAUCCGCAUGUGGGCCGAGAAGGAGAUGCACAACCUGGCCAGGAUGAAGAAGGCAGGAAUUCUCUGCCCCGAGGUGGUCGUUCUAAAGAAGCACAUCUUGGUGAUGUCUUUCAUUGGCCAGGACCACGUGCCGGCACCUAAACUGAAGGAGAUAAAGCUGGGCAGUGAGGACAUGAAGGGGGCCUACUACCAGGUGCUACAUAUGAUGCAGCAGUUAUAUCAAGAAUGCAAUCUUGUUCAUGCUGACUUGAGUGAGUACAACAUGCUGUGGCAUGAGGGGAAGGUGUGGGUUAUUGACGUCAGUCAGUCAGUAGAACCUACCCACCCCCACGGACUGGAGUUCCUGUUCAGAGACUGUAGGAAUGUGUCUACGUUCUUCCAGAAAGCUGGUGUAGCUGACGCAAUGAACGUGCAUGAUCUCUUCAACGCCGUGUCUGGCCUUCAGAUCAAUGCUGACAAUGAGGCGGAGUUCAUUGCCCAGAUUGAAGCACUGGAGAAGAUGAAUGAAGACCAUGUCCAGAAGUCUGGCAGGAAAGCCGUUGCCAUGAUGACUGAUGGCGGGCCUCCUCUAUUUGAUGAUGAUGAUGAUGAUGAUUAAUGAUGCCGCAAAGCCACGCUCGAUAGCAGAAAAAAAGCUACUAAUUGGAGUGUGAGUUUUAAAAAAAUGGGAUAACGCCCCCUGCUGGUGGCUAAUCUCAAAGAGGGGAUGAGAAAGCUAUAGAGGUGAAAUUCAAUUGCCAUCUCUGGCAGCUUUCAUUUGCAGAAGGCAUGAAGGAGCUGGUUGACUUUUGGAGUCCUCACAUCUGUGUUUUACCACUGGUGUAAAUGGAGUUUGCUUGUUUUUUUUGCUUGUGGGGCAUCUUUUGCAGAAAUGUGUUAUCCGACUAUUGUUUUUAAAAUUAUAGAUCCAAAAUCUCAAGUGUCUCUCAGAAAAUGAAUUGGGACUCCCAGAAAGUCAUUGUAGUAACAGAAUAAAGGAGUGAUUAAAAAUGAUUGAAAAUUGA